AUGACGGUCAUACAAGAAUAUUCUAAAUUGCCGGUCAUCUCGCUCGGGGAUCACAAGUCGGUUCAGUCCUUGGCACAACAGCUCAAUGAUGUGUGUACCACCGAAGGUUUCAUGUAUGUCAAGGAUCACGGCAUUCCGCAAGAAUUGAUUGACAAGGCGUUCGCGAUUGCCGGAGAUUACUUUGCAAACACUGGACCUCAAGAUAAGGUGGACCUCAAGGACAAUAUAGGUUACACCGCGAUUCUCGAUUCGACAAGGGGAUCUGGCGAUUUGAAGGAAUGCUUCCAUCUAGCCAAUCCUGACUGGCUACAGCUUCACGACGAGCAGAUGCUGUUGCCUCCCAUUCUCGAACCCUCAAGAUCGACAAUCGAAAGGUUUAUCUCCCAAAUCAACUGUGUGGCACUUCGAUUACUCGAAGGGCUUUCUGUAUCGUUGCAUCUGUCACCUGAUUACUUGUCCUCUCAACAUUUAGGAGAGCGAAACCGCCUCCGUUUGCUACAUUAUCCUCCGGCAAGUCUUCCAUUAAACGCCACAGAAGACAGCAAAUCCGCGGACAUUCGAGCAGGCGCUCACACGGACUACGGAUCAAUCACUGUGCUCUUCCAAUCAUCCGUUUCAGGACUCCAAGUCAGGAGAGGGAGCUCAUGGGUUGAUGUUCCUCCUAUGCCCGGAUGUCUGGUUAUCAAUAUCGGAGAUGCUUUGGAGUUUUGGUCAGGAGGAGCUUUUAAGUCCACUUUGCAUCGAGUGGUGAUGCCCCGAAAUCUUUCAGAGACAACGUCCCGAUGUUCGAUCGCAUACUUCCUUCACCCUGAUAUCGAAAGUUUACUGCAGCCACUAGGCGGUCAGAUUGAUGACGUGGUAUUGGAUGAGAUACUGGUUCGCAAGGGCAUGAAAGCAGGAGUUCGGAAGAUCAAGGGCGGCGAAUAUGUUCAAGCCAGGCUAGACGCCACGUAUGGGAAGAAGGAAUGA